CAAGGCUCCGGGAUCGGACCGGGACACGGCACAUGCUCUUUGUACACAGGGCACCUGUCACGAAGCGCCAGUGAGGUCAGCGAUCCUGGGACCGCGAGGGGCAUAAGAACCCUUGCGAGAUGGCCGGCCGGGAUGUGAGGCAGGGCUGGCUGAGCAACGGACUCUUCACCUCAUGGGCGGAAGAGUUGGCAGCAGUCAUCAUGGGUGAGGCUCCCAAGGCAAAGAAGCAGCCCUCCAAGCGCAGUAAGCGGCACGCGGACGAGGCUGCCGAGAUUGUGGCCAACUUUUGCGAGGAGUUUCCUCCUGCACGCGUGGAGCCCACCAGAGAUGAGAUCGCAAACUUGUGGGAGAGGUGUUAUGGCUUCAAGUCCGUGCACCUUGCUGCCGCCAUCAACGAGCAGCUAAGCCUGCAGAGUGGCGAGAGUUGGCAGCCUCGCCUGCGGGCGCUUUGCUUGCUGGAGCAGUGCUUCGAAACAAGCCUUGCGCCGCGGCUAGUGGCCAUGCGCGUCUUUGAGGAGUCAGGGGAGGUCUUGAAUUAUUUGGCAAACCAAGUGCCUCAGUGUUCCGAGCAAGCGCGGAAGAUCUUGCGACUGUGCACCACGCCAGCGCCACUUCCAUCUGCCAUCACAGUGCCAGCAGCCAAGCCGCCACCACCGCCACAGCCCUCGGGGCCCUCGGGGCCCUCGGGGCCCUCGGGGCCCUCGGGGCCCUCGGGGCCCUCGGACGCAAACCGCACCAAGAGUACGGGGCUGGUGAACGCCCGAGGCCGGCGCAAGAAAAACCCAGAGCGCCAGGCAUUGUUGAGCGAUGUGGAUGAGUCUGCUGAACCAACGGAGUGGAAGCCCCUCGAGCCGCUCAAGGACCUGGAGACGGAGACUACUGCCAGCAGUGACGAUGAUGCCAAGAAACAGCUGAAGGAGGAGCCUUUUGACCCGAACAUGCCUCUUCCUGACAGGGAUUCAUGUCGGUGCUCAUGCCGUUCUCCUAUUCUUCACGUGGUCGUUGGAUCUGAGAUGGCAAGUCCCAAGGCGAUAUUUCAAUCUGGAGAUGCCGUUGAGGAGGGAGCCUUCGCACAGCCUUCUUCAAAGGCGGCGAAAGUCGAGGCCACAGAGCCCAAGCUGCCGCCACCACUUUGAGGAUGGAGCGUAGAAUGAGGUGACCGAAUUCGACAUCACAGGUUGCACCAAGCUUCCGGGAGUGACCUUCCCUUGCACGUUAAUUCAGGCAGUUGGUUUGCAUGGCAGGCGAAGCCAGGUGUGCUGCUCAGCCUGCCUGCAAGCAAAACCAGCCAAUGACAGAAUGCCUUCCUUGGAUGCCCU